AAUAUUGUGCAUCACUUAUCAGUGGUAAACCUAUCGGUGCCCGAGUUUCACAAUCCGGCCGAUUAUAUCGCAGAGAUAGCGUCUGGAGAGCACGGAGAGGAUAGUAUCACACGACUGGCCACUCAUCGCAAGGAAUCGCUAAUAAACGGCUCGCAGACACCGGCGGCCACAGAAUCGUCGCAUAAAUUGUCCGAAAUGUCACAAAAAUAUAAAUUUCCACUUAUUUUGCAUACAUUUUUACUAAUCGGCCGAUCGUUACGUCUGGUGGUGAGAGAGCCGCACCUGUCGUGGAUCCGAUUGGGCGCCAGCGUAAGCACCGGCUUCUUCUUGAGCUUCGUGUUCGCGCACUCGGAUUUGGGUCGAGUGGCCGGUUGUCCGCCCCGUAUGGAAGGCCUUUACACCACACGACCGACCGAUCUGUUCAAAAACGCCGAAUACGAACACAAAAGGAUUGAAGAGAAUUUGGGAUCAAUUUUCUUCAGCGCCGUAUUCCUCCUCUAUUCGGGAAUAUUGCCAACACUUAUGACUUUUCCCAAAGAAUUCAAUUGUCUUAUCAAACACUACACCAACGGCUGGUAUUCAGUCUUCACGUAUUACUUGUCGAAGAUUAUCGUCGAUUUGCCCCUCAUUUUUAUCACCACGUUCAUAUAUCUAACCAUAUGGUAUUUGGUAACCUCUCAAAUCCCAGAAAUGUGGAGGUACUGGACCAUAAUCUUAGCGGGUAUAUUGAUUAUGCUGAACGGCCAAAGCCAGGGCAUGAUAUGUAGUGCCUGGUACUCCCGAGACCCGGUCGCCGCCUCCUAUUUAAGUAUCGUCACUUCGACGCCUUUCUUUCUGCUCAGCGGUUAUUUAGUGCGAUCCAAACGUAUGCCCGACUAUAUCCGUCCGGUGACCGCCAUCUCACACACCAAAUACGCGUUCGAGUCU